AUUCAGUACUUCUAUAGCCUUCGAAAUAGUUUUUAAUUUCGAGUUCUUCAUAUUUGAAGAUACUUCUACCGAACGACCGAGCCGAUGCUGGGUCUGUCAUGGCGGCCUCGGAAGAGGAUGAACGUGAAAUAGUUGUUCAAGUCACCCCAGAAGUUCAUGAAAAAAUCCUUAAUGAUUCCAGUUAUGCUCAAGAAAUUUUUAAUGCAUAUGAAACUUUGGCUGCCAAAACAGAUUCCUCUGUUGUUUCUUGUAAAGAAUUAGUUGAAAUUACUUCUCUGUCUGUAUCACCAUUGAAGUCUCUAGACUCUCUGGAAGUGCCAUCAAAUAUUGAUUCUGAUGAAGAAGAGAAAUUUAUCUGGACCCAUACAGCAACUCUAGAGUUAAUUGAAGAGUACAGAAAGCUUAAGAAGACUUUUGACGAACAUGCAACACUCAGAAAACGAUGCUUCUGGAAGGAAAUGGCCAGUGCUUUUAAAAAAUUAGGUUAUUCAGUUUCUGCUGAUGUAUUAAAUAAAAAGUGGUCAAACUUAAUUGGUACUUAUAAAAAAAUUAAGGAAAGAACAACGAAGACAGGACGAAGAAAAACACACUGGGAAUAUUUCAAUGUGUUAGAUGAACUUCUAAAUGAAGUAUCAACACCACCAGCUUACCUCCAAGCUUCACUUUGCCUUCCUUCAUGUCUUUCACCCACUAGUUUUCCAAACUCAACAUCACAACCAACUUCCUUUCAGUCAGACAUUCCAGCAUCACAGUUAAAUGGGCCAACUAAGAAACGUUUUAGACGAGGCGAUCGACAACCACCAGAGUGGUUUAUAGAAUUUAACAAAGAGUGGAUAAACCACAGCAGGAGGUCUAUUGUUGUUCAAGAAUCCCAUCAUAAGGAAUGGAUGGAAAAAACAUCACUGCUAACACAAUCCAUACAAGAGCUUUGCAAAGUGAUAAAGGAAAACAAUGUAUCUGAUUUCAUCUCACAGGAUACUAAUGGAGUAGCAAAGGAGAAAAGUUAUGUUUGUGACAUUAUUCCUGCGUAUCGGAUAUCAGAAUUCAAGACUCACUUUAGAAUGUCGGCAGCUACAGUUGAGAAACUCUUGCAAGGUAUCCAACUUCCUAAAGAAAACAGACGUGGACAACCAUCUAUUCCAUUAUACGAUAAAGUCCUGAUAACACUGUGGGUUCUUGGAAACCCCGAGUCGUAUCAAGGUGUUGCAUCUCGGUUUGGAGUUUCCAAGUCUACAGCAUGGGAAUCUUGUGAAGAAGUUUGCCAGCUGUUGGUUCAGAAAUUUGGUGCAAACAUUUCCUGGCCACAGGGUGAUGAACUUUAUAAUGUUGUCAGUGGUUUUGAACAAAUAGCAAAAUUUCCUGGUGUGGUUGGAGCUAUUGGUGUUUGUCGCAUACCUAUAAAAACUCCAAAAAAUGACCGGGAUUCCAGAAUAAAUAAAAAGCACAAAUACUCUAUCAAUCUAUUGGCUACUUGUAAUCAUGAAUUUAAGUUCACUUGCAUAUUUGUGGGUUUUCCUGGGCUUAUUCACGAAUCCCGUGUUUAUCUGGGCACCCCAUUGUAUCAACAGAUAUUGAACAGUCCAGAAGAAAUUCUUCCCCAUAACUACCACUUAAUUGCUGAUAGUGCCUUUCCAUUGAGUAGUACCUUGCUUACUCCAUAUUUUGAUAAUGGUCAUUUGGAUAUAAAUCAACUACUCUACAACAAAGCUUUAUUCAGUACCAGAAAAGCAAUACAACAUGCUUUUGGCUAUCUUAAGGGGAAGUUCAGAAGACUGAAGUUCAUGGGUGUCAGUAAAAUGGAAUUUUUGAGUGUUGCUGUGCAUGCUGCUUGCAUUCUACAUAAUUUUUGUUUGGUUGAAGGUGAAGAUUUGGAAGAAAAUGAUGAAACUUUCCAGCUCUGUACUAACGAACAUUAUGAUGGUGAGGAAGAAAUCGCAGGCCAAGAAAAAAGAGAUGCAGUGUGUAUGUACUUGGCUACUCUUCAGAACUAACUUUGAUAUACUGUACAUAUUCGGGCCUUUUAUUGUAAAAUAAUGUAUAUAAUAAAAAUAGUAUCUAGUGUAGUAAAA